GCGGAGGCUGCCAAACUUGUGGAGUCCAGUGAGAAGCUUGUGGUUUCCACCGAGAUCAACAAGGUUGGGAAGUCCGGUGAGAACCUUGGGGUUUCCAGCGAGAUCAACAAGGUUGGGGAGUCCAGUGCGAAGCUUGGGGUUUCCACGGAGAUCAACAAGGGGGUUGGGGAGUCCAGGGAGAAGCUUGGGGUUUCCAGCGAGAUCAACAAGGGGGUCGGGGAAUCCAGCGAGAAGCUUGGGGUUUCCAGCGAGAUCAACAAGGGGGUCGGGGAGUCCAGUGAGAAGCUUGUUUCCAGCAAGAUUGACGAGGGAGUCAGCAGGGAUUCUCAGAUGUAUGGGAUGACCGUCGACAUCGACAACAAGUCUGGUGAGGGUCAUGAUUCGAAGCCUGCUUCCAAGAAGAAGAAGAACAGUGUCCCCAUUGUCGAUGACAAGAAGGCUACAAAGGCUUCCGAUAAGCAGGUUGUGGUUUCCGACGGCAAACGUAGGCAUCCUGAGAGCCACAGCAAGAAGCCUGCUUCGUCUGAGCAGGUGGUGCCUGACUUCCCUGUGGAUGAAGCAGCCGCAAUCUCGCCGGCUGAGCAGACGAAAUUGUCAGGUGCUCAGCCGAACCGACGGGGCAAGGAAAAGAAGAAAAUCCUCGAGGAAGAGGUGCCUGAUGAAGACGAUCGUCAGGACGACGAUCAGGAUGACGAUGAUCAUCACGAUGAUGAUGCUGACAGCUCUGGUGGUACUAAGACCAGAGCUGCACGAGGUCGUGGCGGCCGAGGUCGAGGUCGCGGCUCUCGUGGUGGUCGUGUGUGCAGUGUUGCAGGUGGCCGGGGUCGUGGGCGAGGGCGAGGGCGAGGGCGAGGGCGAGGCGAAAAUGUGGACAAGGAGGUUGCAAGCCCACGCUCGGCAUCGGCCAAGCGAUGCCGGGAGGAUGAAACGGCAGCCAAAGCAGCCCCCAAGGCUAAGGCUAAGGCAACACCCAAGGCAACUCCCACAGCAGCGCCCAAAGCAGCGCCCAAAGCAGAGCCCAAAGCAGUGCCCAAAGCAACACCCAAAGCAACGCCCAAAGCAGCACCCAAAGCAGCACCCAAAGCAAAAAAUCAGAGGACACCGGAGGAGCAGGAGCGAAGAGCCCGGUUGAGUCGAAAGAGUGUGGCUUACCACAAGGCAAAGGCCGAGGCAACAAAAGCGGGCAAGUCCAAGGAGGAUGCUGUUGCACUGGCCAAGAAGGUAUCAUGA